GUAGCGCCGUCAGCUGUUCUUGUUUUGCUUGGUUUCCCCUUCUUUUCCUCCAGGCUCCGGAUAACCGUCCUCUAAAAUAACGGCGCUGAAACGGAAUUUAAAUUAAUUUCUAGCGAGCAAACGGCUAGCUCUGCCUCGAGCGCCCACUUUACACACCGCUCGGUCCACAUUUCUCACAAAUUGGAGCCGUCUUCCGCCGACAUCGAGCGAAGAGGUGCAGCCGAUCCCAGGCCUCCAAUCCAGGGCGGAGGGAGGGAAGGAGGUCGCUGGGAAUCGGGAUGGAGAGCGGAGAGGGUGCAGACGGGCCUGGCGGACCGGGCGGACCGGGGAUCCGGUUUGGCUGCGCCUCUUUCAACCAAGACUCCACGUCGCUGGCCUUGGGAACAAAGACUGGCUACAAGCUGUUUUCUCUGACCAUGGUGGAAAAACUGGACUGUAUCCAUGAGAGUGAGACUCCAGAUGUCUACAUCGUGGAGCGUCUGUUCUCUAGCAGUCUGGUAGUCGUGGUGAGCACCGCCAUGCCACAGCGCAUGAACAUCUACCACUUCAAGAAGGGCACGGAGAUCUGCAAUUACAGCUACCCCAACAACAUCCUGGCUGUCAAGCUCAACAGACAGAGGCUUGUGGUGUGCCUUGAAGAGUCGAUUUAUAUCCACAACAUCAAAGACAUGAAGCUGCUCAAGACUCUUCUCAACACUCCGUCCAACCCCUCAGGUCUCUGUGCUCUGUCUAUCAACCAUUCCAACUCCUACCUGGCGUACCCCGGCAGUGCCACCAUUGGGGAGAUCAUAGUGUAUGAUGCCAACAGUUUGAGCACAGUAACCAUGAUCCCAGCUCAUGACAGUCCUCUGGCAGCUCUCACCUUCAACUCCUCGGCCACCAAACUGGCCAGUGCCUCAGAGCGGGGCACCGUCAUCCGAGUGUUCUCCAUUCCUGAGGGCCAGCGUCUGUUUGAGUUCCGCAGAGGCAUGAAGAGGUACGUGAAUAUAAGCUCUUUAUCCUUCAGCCAUGAGGGCCAGUUCCUCUGUGCAUCCAGCAACACAGAGACGGUACAUAUCUUUAAACUGGAGCAAAUGGGACCAAGUGGAGGGGAUGAGGCUGCCUCCUGGACAGCCUACGUGGGGAAGAUGUUCUCCGCGGCCAGCAGCUACUUCCCUGCUCAGGUAUCGGGCAUGAUGAGCCAGGACCGGGCCUUCGCCACCGUUCACCUCCUCACAUCCGGCCAGAGGAACGUCUGCACCCUGGCUGUGAUCCAGAAGCUUCCACGACUGCUGGUGGCCACAGCAGACGGCCAGCUGUUCAUCUACAAUAUAGAUCCACUGGAUGGAGGAGAGUGCAUGUUGGCCAACAAGCACAGACUUUUCGGGGUUGAUGAUGACCAGGAUGAAGGAACAGAGUCAGAGGGGUCAGAGGUCACGGAGCCACAGACUUGCCCAUCCUAUGCUGCGACCGCUGCCUUGCCAGCCUCGGGUCCCGUCACUGCGACUCUCACUGGUUACUCUGAGGAUGGUGGGGCAAAGAAGGGGGAGGUCAUCCCAGAACACGAGUUCGCUGCAGGACCUGUGUGUCUGGACGACGAGAACGAGUUUCCCCCUGUGAGCAUCCAGAAGUGCUAACUGUCAACAGAUUAAUUGGUGCCGCGACGGGACUGGAGGUGGCCAGGCGAGGCGCUCAUGAGUGGGUAGAAGGACAAAUGGACAAACAGACAGACAGGCGCUGGCGAGUGAGAGGAACAGCAAAACAAAACUCUUUCAGGGUGCCAAGUUAUUUUUUUUUUCCAGCUCCAGAAGAAAGUAACACUGAUUAGCAUUCAAGCUGACGCGGGAAACAAAACACUGAGCAAGAAGUAGAUGUCAUGUAGUAAUAUCACAGAACCACAAUCUCGUCCUCAUGUUACAUAAUGAUUGUUUUGAAGGUACACUUCUGAUUUUGUCACAGCACCAAUAGUACCUCUAAACUUCCUCUGAGCUCGCUGUUGAGUUUCAAACCAUCAACUGCGAACUGAGAGGACAUCUCUGACCUUGUAGAUGCUGUUGGCUACUUCUAAAAAAAAAAAAAAAAAAAAAAAAAAUCAGGGAGUUUAUCUUUAAGAACUGUAUCGUGAAAAACCGAGGUGCAUGCUGGAGCAGAAAUAUAACCGCAGUCUCAUAGCUUUAUUACUUGACAAAUAUUUUAUUAAGUUGCAUUAUUGUAGCAACAUUUUUAUUUUUUUUCAUUAAUAUCUUUAGUUUAUGUCCAUGAUAAGAAUUGUAUUGUUUUCAUUCUUAUUCUGUAUUGUAUUUUACCGCAUUGACAUGUAUUAAAUAUUUCUGUGUAUGCCUUCUGGGUACAAUCCAGCAGGUGUGUACGUACUGUAUGUUUGUUUGUGCCUAUUAUCAUUUGUAAAAGAGCAAAGUAUUUUGCUGAUUGCACAAGACCAAAACAACUGAAAGAAACGGUGAAAUAAACCCAUACAGUGGGGUGAAAAUGAAGCUA